UCCGCCUCCAGCCUUCUUCGGAGUGUUCCCCGUUGGGCAACCACUACCAUCGAUAUUCAACCAUUACAUUGCAGACUACCUUAUCCCGCACAUAGCUUCAUUUUUUGAGAGAAGAACAGAUAACAACGUCUUGGAAGCACGGAGACCGCUGAUCUAGUAUGAACCCUCCAGCGACUUUCGGGGAAGGUCGGCCCUCGCAGGAUUUCAAUGGGUAUGAACGACCUCUACCCACCUUACCUCAAAACCAGUACCGGCCUUCACCACCAGGGAGCCCGAUGCCGAUACACUUUCCUGUUCCACCACCUCAUAUGCGCUUGCCCAACCCGAACGCCUCAACAAGCAAACCUCUGGCACCUCACGAAAUGAUUGCUUUGGCGAACACGAAGAAUGCAAAGUCUGGGGGUGGCGGCUGGUUGAAGAAGGUCGUGGUCGGGUUUGGAAAGAAAGGGAAGCUGCAGGAUGCUUUGGGCGGCGGAAGUGAUACCGGCUCAAAGCCGACUGGAAACGCCCGAGCCUCGCCUUUGAGCUUGGCAAACUACCAGAACAUGCCCGCGGCAUCGAAACCCAGUACAGAUCCACCCCCUCGCUCACGGCAGUCAUUAGCAUCAGAUUUGAACGAGAGGUCUAGUUCGUCUUUGCGACCAACGAUUGGAUCUAGUGAAAGCAGUGGAUUGGAGAAUGUGCAAGGGGGGUUCCAUUUGGCCACCGCCGCGGAGGACGUCCAUGCACCUGCCACGUCCAGGGGAACCCCAUCUUCCAAUCCGUCUCAUGUUCGGGACAUUUCCUCAUCUUCUGGCUCGACACCAGCGCUCGCAAAGAAUCAGCCUCGGCCGCAGGGUCCGCGGCCAUUAAGCGAAGCCCCUCUCCAGAUGGUCGAAGCUGGUCCCCCAACUCGCCCAAUUCCUGGAACGGCCAACACUACAUCCCAGCACCCACCGCGGCACACAGGGCAAUCACUGUCAGGAGGAAGCGGAAUACCCACGCCAGUCUCAGGCGUUGAUGGCGCGCAUGUUCUGCAGUCCGGCGGUCCCAUACCACCAUUCCCUAGCCCGCCACUGGAGCUUGACGGACGGCAGCCUGCUGGGAGGCGGCAUCCCAAUUUACCACCCUUUGAAUCUUUGAAUGUGCAGGACGCAACCGGUGAAACUCCACCACGUUCACCAGACUUGCGAAAGGGAGGACUGCCACAUCACGUAGAUAAUCGCCCCCCUUCACGCUUCAGUGACGAAUCCGGACGCCGGCUGGUAUCACGCGCAAGCUUGCCAUCGCUUCAGAGCAGAGGAAGUGGAUCGACGGGUUACCCGAAAAGCGACGUCUCCUCCUCGUCAGGGCCCGCCGAAGUUUCGCGAAAUAGCGGGACAUUUUGGACCGUGAAGCGAUCUCCAGGAUCCAGUGCUCCGCAAUUGGCCGUAAAGGAUUCGGACAUUCUGUGCCCGAACUCGUUGAUCAGCGAGUUGGCGCCUUGGGAAGCCUCGGAGAUCUCGAAGGAGGAGUCGCUGGAGCACUCCAUCCUUCAAGAAGUGUCCAACACGACUGCAGGAGACACUGGAGGAGGUGUUGGGGACGUUGGCGAUGGCACAAAGAAGGUAGCACGGAACACAGGGAGCCCCCCAAUACCGGCGAAGGACCGGGCCCCCGGAGGAGCAAGUCUUCCUGCAAGUAUCCCACCUCGACGAACGGCGCAGCCUUUCGGCACCCCGACGGAUAACUCAGUGGGCAGAGAACAUGUGUCUCUCGCUGGCCCUCUAAAUUCUGGCCCAAGUACCUACUCUCUCCCCGCCGACCGAGGUAUCUCCAAUCUCAAUCACAAAGGUGACCCGUCGCUCGUCUCGCUCCCCAACAUGCAUACCGGAGGUCAACGAAGGAUGAAGUCACCACCUCGCUGGGAAAGUUUGCUGGAUGAACAAGCUGGAGAGCCCCUGGCGAAUAUGACGAGGACAGGCGCGAGCACAGAGAGAAGAGAGAGUACUGGAACGCCAGCGGAGCAGACGGAAACACUGCUGACUGCGCCAACGCCUGAGGUGCAAAACCGAAACAGCGUUCAAGCUCCAGAACCGAGGAAUUCGCCGGCUGCCCACCAGCCUGCUGCAAUUGCCUCACCUGCAACUGUUUCGGAUGCUGAGCCAGACUUGAAUAGGUCCGGUUCCGAGAUUUCAGAAUCUACCGCACCGCACUCCGAGAUCGUCAUGCAGCAGGUCACCGAACAAGGCCCCGUCACCACCGCUUCCUCCGUCUUGUCCAAGGUCGGCGCUGCGGCUGGAACCGUCAUCGGAGCCGUUGCUGGCGGCGUCGUCGCUGCUACACAGGUUGCCACCGACGUUGCCUCGCUUGCCGUUGGCCGCCCUCACGAGCACAAUACCCUCCCCGCCGAAGACCGCGGCGAAGAGGAAGCCCACAGCAUUCCGCGAUCUGACACCGCUGCACAGAUAUCCAAACCGAAGCCUGACAUUGUUGCUGGAGAUGAUGUGGCACUGCCGCCGCGAGGAGACUCGUUGCGACCAGCCCCACUGGAAUCAUCCUUUCUCUCGUCCUCGUCGAUGACGGGAAGCCCCUCGGAAGCCGCUCCGACAACCUCUGCGAUAGAGGAUAGCUUGGUUACUGCAGCUUCUGUCACUUCUCCGCAGCUCGGGUACAGCCCAGGGAUUCCACACCGUGAUGGCACCUUUGGCCAACAGGUUGGGUCCGCUCAGGCACCGAUUGCGGAAGGGCAUCUUCUUUCUGUCUCGGCCACACCAAACUUGCUUUCAGAGUCCCCAGAACUUGAGACUCCCAUCUUGAGCCCCACAAGUCCCUUCUCGGCUAUCUCCGAUGGAACCACAGUCUUCGGUCAUGACUCACUACAUCGAGCGGCGGAUUCCCUCGGAAGAAGCUCCCUUGCGAGUACCGAAAGUACAGCGGCAACCGACGCUCCAUCUAGGGCUGGAUUGUUUUCUGACCACGAUCAAACGCCAUCUCCAGUAUCGCCUUUUGAGGAGACCUUAUCGCCACCGGAGUUUGCUGGAGCCGAAAUUUCAACAGAUUUGGGCUUCUUGAACCCGACAGGUUCUACCGGCGCAAACAGCCAAAGCUCGGAGACUCUGGCAGUACCUGCUGUACCGCUUCUUUUCAGGGCCAUGGAAACCCCGCAGGCGACACCUCCAACUCCCUCCCCUGCGUCUUCGUCACACGAAGACGAACAAGCGCUUCCGGGAGCGGCCGGUUUGAGACCUAGCGCCACUGCACGAUUACGGGACCGCGUCAAGAACGUCAUGGCCAAGCAUCGUCCAUCGUUAGACGGGCAAAGGCCGAGUGCCGCGGAUUUGAAUGGAGUCAAUGGGCCGUCUGUUGCCGCUGCUCCCCGGUCGGCACCGAUUCUGGGCGUGGAUGAUACCAAACCUGCCACAGGCCAAACUCUCCGGAAUAUUGCAUCGAAUGAAUCCAUUGGGGACAAGCGACGAUCCUGGGGACACCCGAAACUAAGCAUUGUCACUCAAGGUCUACUUCAACCCUCACUGAUCCAUCACCAACAAGAUCCGCAUGUUAUUCAGCAUGCGCAACCCGACAAGCGCGCUUCUUAUAGAAGCGGGAGCACAGCGUCCAUAUCCUCCGCGUCAUCCACGACAGCCAGACAGUCAGUCCGCCCCGCCGCACCUACCCGCACCGUAUCCCAAGCCCCUAGUCACGGUUCUUCGGACGGACCGUCAGAGACGAAUGUAUACCCAGCUCGAGGCGCUAGCCUUCAAACGUCCGUGGUACGGCUCCUGCCCAUUGUCGACACGACCUUACCGUCACCUCCUGUUCACGUGUAUAGCGAUAUGACCGAUGCGUACGCAGAUGAUGGAGACGUUUCACCAGAGACCAUGGCGCCGCGUCGAGUAGUGCAGUCACCCGUGAACGAAGGCGGCGCGGAAUCGGAGUUCUUCAUUUCACCAACCGGUGGCUCUUACUCAUCCGCGCCCGUCGUUCUGCCUGCUACGCCCAUUGAGCCAACCUUCCCAGUCGAGGACUAUGCGGCCCAGCCGUCUCCAUCCACCAGUGCUGACGGACCCUCCACUCCGCGAUCACUCACAGCAAGCGUGGAGGCGGUUGAGAACGGAGCCUUCGUACCGAACAGAAGGUCGUUGCAGGUCAAUGGAGCUAUUCAACAUGCGUACCAGAGGGUCUUGAGGAAGUAUGCCAGUUUUUCGAUUCCCGCGCAUGCCAAUCCAAGUCUGGCUUCGAUCAUAGAACAGAAUGAGGCGGAAGCUGCGAAGGACGGCCCCGGCGACGAGCAGUGGAGGCCAAGAGAUGGCUCGAUGAACGGACACUUGAUGGUUGAAACUGUCAGUGGUAGAGCUGAGCACUCUUUGAACGGCAUGGCCCGCGAGACCCACUUUGACGAGGAGCAAGAAGCAACCGAGCAGGACCGCAUCAGUGAUGGUUCCCUGCAUUCGUUUCAAGACUCAAUCUCCGGAGAUACGAUCUCUGGGUUGGACAGUCCUGCGGAAACAGGAAAUGCUGAUCGCCGAAGUAUCGGAGAAGGAGAUUGCUUGCAACAUCAGCAUAUUGGAGCUGAAGCUGAAGAGGACCCACUGCCUCCGCGAACAACGUCGCAAUUGGCGUUGAACGCGCCGCCCGUCAAUGGCCACCACUUUGACGGACCAAGCGAAGUGAACCUUACUGACGCUAGGGCAAAUCGAGGGCCUUACAAGGCGCAUUCGUCUAUCAACCUCGGGGCUGCGUACAGGGGAGCUCAACAAGAACCCCCGCAACAAGAUCUGGACAAAAACCGUCACCUGCAACACUCUAUUUCUAUGCUCGAUAUGCAAAGUAGCAGCAGCCCACGGGAUCUUGACAUUCCGAUGGACGUCCCUUCUUCGGCUGCUCAGGCAUUCUUUGACAGGUUGGCCCUUUCGAGAAAUCAGCAGCAGCAAUCACAUCAAUCUGGUCACGGCAACGCCUCUUCGUCCGGAUUCUUGGCGCCGGGACCCAUGCGCCAACCGCAUUCGCCGUCUCCAAGUUCCCCAGCAUCUAAUCAACGCUGGGAGUUGGAACCUCCUGCCGUAUCAUCGGAUCCGGACGUUACGUACGCGGACUCGGAUGAUGGCCACGGCCAGGAUGUGAACUCAAGCCCGCAGAUUCCGGACAGGCCCGGGUCGCCGUACUCGUUUGUGUCCGGUGCUUCCAUCAGGUUGACCAGGAAUCAUCCCCGGUUUGCGAACCGUCCGGGUGGAGCUGGUUCAGUGACGGCGGGGGGUGUUGGAAGGAAGUCUGUGGAGGCUUUGGCUAAUGCGCGAUCAAGGGACAAUAUGAAAGGCAUGAGGCCGUCACCACAGCCUGAGCAGCCGCAGCAGCCGCAGCAACAACAGCAGCAGCAGCAGCAGCGGGAUAGGCGCGAAUCGGCAGCUUCGGGCGCAUCGACGACUCCGUCCGCACCAUCUGGGGCAGCACCACAUGCCCCUUCCUCGUCGACCUCCUCCGUGCAGCUGCAUGGCAAGCAAUCCGGCAAGGAUGGUUCAACCCAGCAACUUGACCAGGCGUUACCUCCGCGCCGGGACUCCGCGGACGUGAGGGGAGGUCAAAUGGCACCACCACAUGCUUAUCACCAGCAACACCGUCAGCUACAUCCGGCACACGGCCCAGCGGGAUCUCAUGCGUCACUACUCUUCGAUCCAAGUCUUCAUGCUCCCCAUCAUCACUACCCAACCUAUUACGACCCGCACGUCGUCGGCCCAGACGGUCGAAGCUCGUACCUCGGCCACCCGCACUACCCUUACGGCCCGCACGCCUCGGCUUACCUUGCGCCAGCUGCUGGACCGCCACCACCGGGCUUAUACGCUGGCCAGCCAAUGGUACCCACAGGUUACGGUCCUGAUGGAUAUGCCACAUUCGAUUACAACUAUACGUAUCCGCAAGUAAUGCCGCCACCCCAGCCAGGAUACCGUGUCCCACAAUUGCAGCAUCACGCGUCCAUGAGCAUGAUGCGACCCGUUGGGACACCACCCUCAGGAAUGAUGUACGGCCAACACCCACCCUCUUCGCCUCAUAGCGUGCAUCGCCAUUCUGAAGGCUACGAUCGUGCUUCAGGCGCUGCGUUUGCGUGGCCGCCACCGCCGCAUCUCAUGGCAGGUGGGACGCUGAACCGAUCCCCAGGAGGACAGAGGGGCAUGGCCCAGCCGGCGCCAUUGGCAGGCGCAAAUGGCCAGUCCGUCGCACAGCCGCACCCAGGGACCGUGAUGGCACCGAACGGACUCCGGAACCCGAACGCGAUGGAGCUGUCGCCUGCCGGAACAAAAGCGACCCCGUCAACGCAGAAGCAAGGAAAAGGUGGCCAGUCUCCACCAAACGGGAAGGCGGACGGGGAUAAGGACAAGGAGAAGGACAAGAAGAAGGGUGGCUGGAAGGGCAUAUUCAGAUAGACUUUUCUUCACUUCAAGUUUUGUUAGCAGCAGCAGCGAGUUGGACUUUUAGAGCGCGGUUCUAACAUUUUUGCUGAACGUUUAUUUUUGAGAUCGUCGUACAUAGAGGAUUCAAGGACUGUUGGACAACAUUGUAGUUAUGGAUGGUUUUACAUUCGUCUUGUUUUAUAUAUCUCUGUGUCCAGUUUUGUUAUUCAUUUCUCGAGUGGACUUUUUC